UGCGACUCCACAUGUGCAGCGUCUUCUUAUCCACUGCUAAAUUAAGCAUAUGUACGUGGAAUGGAGUUUAGAGAGCCUAAAAGAGGAGGCAAUGACCGGGAACAUCUCCCGCAUUAUCCCCUUCUCCCUUUAAAACAAAUUAAGAGAAACGAGAAAGGAACGGUUCAUUUACUCGCUCACUAUAGUACAAUUUGAUUGUAUUCAUAGAGACUUGAACUAGAAGAUUUUCGUGUUCGAGUUCGUGUUCGGGAUCAGGUUCGGGUUCAAACAUGGCGGGAGGCGGAUUCGUGGAGCAUGGGGAGGUGAAGGACUACAGCGGCAAGGUCACGGCCUUCGUGGUCAUCACCUGCCUGGUCGCUGCCACCGGCGGCCUCAUUUUCGGUUACGACAUUGGAAUUUCAGGUGGUGUGACGUCGAUGGACGUAUUCUUGGAGGAAUUCUUCCCGUCGGUGUACCACGACGAGAAGAGUGCGGUCGGCGGGAAGAGCGAGUGGUGCCAGUUCGAUAGCCAGCUGCUGACGGCGUUCACGUCGUCGCUGUACAUUGCCGGCCUCCUCGCCACCUACGUCGCCUCCGCCGUCACCCGCAAGUCCGGCCGCCGCAUCUCCAUGCUAAUCGGCGGCGCCAACUUCCUCAUCGGCGCCGCCCUCAACGGUGCCGCCGUCAACCUCGCCAUGCUCAUCAUCGGCCGCAUCCUCCUCGGCUUCGGAGUCGGCUUCGCCAACCAGGCCGUCCCCCUCUACCUCUCCGAGAUGGCCCCCCCAAAGCUCCGCGGCGCCCUCAACAUCUGCUUCCAGCUAGCCACCACCAUCGGCAUCCUCGUCGCCAACCUCGUCAACUACGGCACCAACAAGAUCCACGGCCGAUACGGGUGGCGCAUAUCGCUGGCGCUCGCGGCGGUCCCCGCGGGCAUCAUGACGCUCGGAGCGCUCGGCUUGCCGGACACCCCGAACUCUCUGAUCGAGCGCGGGCACCACGAGAAAGCGAAGGCGACGCUGCAGAAGAUCCGCGGGACUGACGACGUCGACGCGGAGCUGCAGGACAUGAUCGAGGCGAGCGAGGAGUCGGCGCGGGUGCAGAACCCGUGGCGGAACAUCUUCCAGCGCCACUACCGGCCGCAGCUGGUCAUGGCCUUCGUCAUCCCGGCGUCGCAGCAGCUCACCGGCAUCAACGUCAUCAUGUUCUACGCCCCCGUCCUCUUCAAGACCCUCGGCUUUGGGGCGAACGCCUCCCUCAUGUCCGCGGUCAUCACAGGCGCCGUCAAUGUCUUCGCCACGCUCGUUUCCAUCGUCACCGUCGACCGCGUCGGCCGCAAGGGGCUCUUCCUCGAGGGCGGCGUGCAGAUGAUCCUCAGUCAGGUGACUAUUGGGGCUAUACUGGGAGUAGGGUUCGGGAGCAGCGGAGAAGGACAGCUGUCGAAGAACCUCGCGAACGGGGUGCUCAUACUCAUCUGCCUCUACGUGUCGGCGUUCGCUUGGUCGUGGGGCCCGCUCGGGUGGCUCGUGCCGAGCGAGAUCUUCCCGCUGGAGAUCCGGUCGGCGGGGCAGUCGAUCGUCGUGUCCGUCAACUUCUUCUGGACCUUCCUCGUCGCGCAGUUCUUCCUCAUGGCGCUCUGCCACCUCAAGUACGGGCUCUUCUUCCUCUUCGCGGCCUUCGUCAUCGUCAUGACGCUCUUCGUCGUGCUCUUCCUGCCGGAGACGAAGAACGUGCCCAUCGAGGAGAUGAACCUCGUCUGGCGCAACCACUGGUUCUGGAAGAACUACGUGCUCGACGAGCACCUCCCCAGCAGCGGCGUCGGCGCGCGCGCGCGGUGAACUAAACGAAAUGCUUUGUGUAUAUCUAUGCUGUUCCCCCCAUCCUUCCUCUCAGUUUAGGACCACAUUGUAUCACCCUGCAUGCACAGUGAAAGAGUGUGUUGAUGCUCUGAUAGACCUUAGGCUUUUAGUCAGGUUUUACUUUGGUUCUUUAACUUUCAAAAUGAAUACUCAACACCAUAAACUUUCAUAGACACUUCAAUUUAGUUCCAGUUUUCGAGUAAAAAGUUAUGACCUCCACCUGAUGCAUUCACAUUUUUAGUUCCAUCAUUCUAUUUUCGCAGAAGUAAUUUUUAACAUGCUAUCAGAACAAUAAA